AUGUCGAAGCUAUUGAAAGAGGCCAAGCAAUUGCGUUCCGAGGAUCAUCUUAAGAACAAACGAGAUGAAGAGGACCAAUCAUCUUUUUCACACCAUGGAACUCAAGAACCGGAUCAAAUUCAAACCCUAACCACUCCUUCAGUUUGUUGCAUCUCUGAUGAUUUCUUACAGAACACGGAUACUCAGAUCAUGCCUUGCUCUGAAGAUUUCUGCAUUAUGGGCAACAACAACGCUUCACCAGAAGAAUACUUGGAUCAAACCCUAACCACUCCUUCAGUUUGUUGCAUCGCUAAUGAUUUCUUACAGAACACGGAUACUAAGAUCAUGCCUUAUUCUAAAGAUUUCUGCACUAUGGACAACGACAAUGCUUUACCUGCAGAAAACUUGGAUGAUAUUACAUGGAUUUUGGGACGACUUCUGAAAGCUUAUUGUCCUAUGAUGGGGUUCUUAAGAUAA